UAAGUUGCUGCACUUGCCGCGUCGAGUUCUGUUUUAGCGCACGAACAAAUCAGCUGGAAAGAAAAUAAAACAAAAUAAACUCAGUGUGUGUGUGUGUGUGUUGCAGAAGAGGAACUGAAAUAAAGCAAUAUAAUUAAGUUGGCCGUUAAGAGCGUGUGGAGUGUGGAGCCAACAUGGAUUAUCGUUUACUUGUGAAAAUACUCAGCUUUUUGCUGCUUGCCCAGAUGUCGGCAACACAGCAACAACAACAGCUGCAGCUACAGCAACAACAAUCAGCAUCGCAAUCGCAGCCAGAAUACGGCGAGGAGCCACCAGAGGGAUACUAUGCCUUUGUCGAGUCACCGAAUGCGGUGCCACCGCGUGUUCGUCCACCUCCUUACACAUUCGUCAAUGCCGACUGCAAGGAUGUUGCCGCUGGUAAAAAGUCAGCAGUCUCUGUUCACAAUAUCUGCGGAGAUCUGAACAAAGGACAAAUACCCAAGAAUCCGCUGGGACAGAAUGUGCUAGGCGAACCUUAUCCUUUCGAGCUGAUCCGCAAUCAGACACUCAAGUUCCUAUCGAAGACUCUCCCCGUGCUCAAGGCGGACGAUACUCUGCCCAAGGUCACACAAAUCAUUCGCGAUGAGCCCGUGGAGCAGCUGGACAACAAUAACAUCGAUCGUCACUAUGCCUCGCGUGUCACACGCAUACUGCCCGAUGGUGUGCAGUCCAAUGAAUACAGCUACUUCGAUCCCGCCCUCGACGAGGAGGAGCAACAGCAGCAGAGACUACAAGAGCAGCGACGCGCUGCCGAGGAACGCAAGCCACGUAAAUUCUGCGACGGUGGCGGAGUCUUCUGCACUUUGUAUCGCGCCAUUCAAGGCGACACCAGUCCCGCCGUUUCCUCAGGUCCAACUGCCGAGCGUCGCGAGGAAGUGGGUCCCAUACGCUACGAGGGACCACCAACCCCUUGUCCCGCCAAAGUGGAGUAUGCCACACCAGUGUUUGCCAAGAACUAUCAGGGUGCCUGGCGCUAUGUGGUGCAAAUCCCAUACGAAGGUUACUUCACCCAGACCGUGGAGGUGACACGUUGCAUCCAGGCGCGUUGUCACUACCUCGACGGUGGCUGUUUGUCAUCGCCACGUUGGGUCAGCCUGUUGGUAGCUGAGAUUUUCUAUCCCAAUGCCGAGGACACAGUGCCUACGAGCAGCACCACAACUCAGGCGCCAUCCGUGCAGGACUUCCAGGCCUAUCAGCAGUAUCUGCAAAAGCGUGCAGGCGUGGCCAAUGCUUCAGAUGGCACCACAAGUGCUGCGAAUGCUGGCAAUGCGAAUGGAGCUGCCACAGCGGCUGAUACACAUUGCGAUGGCCACGAUGAGUUGGGCUGCUUCCAGGUGCGACUCUAUUACGAUUGGUUCUUGAUACCCGGCUCCUGCAAAUGCUGGCGUCCCGAUUACUUUGCCAAAUAUGUGCGCCGAAAGUCUGUGGCCGAUUUGUAGAUGCAUAGAUUUGGAUUGAAUGGAUUCUCCUAGUUAGGAACUAAAACUUGUAGCAUUUAGAGAAAGAGAAAGGAAGAGUGCGGGCCACAUCAUGAAAUGCUCAUUCUAGCGAUCCAAUUUGGCGGACUGCGCAGAGUUUGCAUUUCUUGAGGGGCAACGAUGAAUGCAGAAAAACAAAUACAAAUAAAAAUACAUACACACAUAUAAUUACAAUUUACACUUAUAGUACACAAACAUACAUACAUAUAUGUAUCUUAAAGUAAGCAAUUAGCUAUCCUUGACUGAAUACCAAGCGCAUUGAAUUUCUACUAAUAAAUAUUUCAGCUAUA